AUUUCGAUUUUUGUGUUUUUAUCUUUUCCUCUCUCGCCUUAUGUACGAUGUGUUACGGUCACAAUCAAUCGUUAUCGCGCAACAGCCUCCGUAGCCGCCGAUCCCACGACGGAGAAAACGAAGAUACGGUGGGGGUGGUAGACGAUCUUCGAGACCGGCUCGCUGAAACAGAGGCGAGGCUGCGAAGAGCCAGGGCGAGAGAAGCUGAGCUCAGCCGUCGGUUAGAGCAGAUGAAGAGAUUCGUCUCCGUCAUGGAGAUCAUGGAGGCUUUCUUAGAACGGAGAUUCCAAGAGCAGAAAGAUCGAAUCGAUCGCCUCUUCUCUCCCGUAUCCACCAAAUGAAAGGAUCUUUCGUCUUCUUCCUCUGUUUUUUCUCUGUUUGUUUGUUCUGUUACAACUUGCAAUGGAUCUCUUCUUCACUUUGGA